AUGUGUAAGUGGACCAUUAUUGUCACCUUGCUCAACAUGUUCACUAGGGUUUUCCUCCUCACUGUCAUCAACGCCAACCACUGCAUUUCCAUGGCCUGCCCUGUGUGGUCCCGGAACCACAGGUCGCCCCGUCUGGCUUCUUUGGUUAUUCUGGUCAUAUGGGUCCUAUCCCUUGCAUUGAGCUUGCAGUACUGUAAUCUCAGAGAUUCCAUGAGCUCUUCUUCAGAAUGGAACGUCACCUCUGGCAAUCUGAACAGUGUCCAAGAGAACCUUUUGCUGAGAAAACAAAGGAUGAUGGCCCUUGUUGCUAUCCGCUUCCUGGUUGGGUUCCUGGUCCCAUUAGCCUUGAUCGUCAUCUGCUACAUUUUUCUAGCUGCCAAGCUGAGGAGAAGCCAUCUCACUCAGUCCAGGAAGCUCCUCAAUGUCCACCUUGUCCUGAUCCUGAUCUUUUACCUCUUCUGUCUCCCAUAUCACAUCUUCUACUUCCUGCAAGUCUCAGGUGAUGCACUACAUUCAGUGAUGGAAAAAUCCCUGGACAUGGGCAUCCUCUUUGCUGAUGGCCUGCUCUAUUUUCACAGCUGCCUCAUUCCCACUGUCUUCCUUCAUGGGCCAGGAGUUCAUGGGCUGCAGGGAAAAUGCAUUUAA